AUGGACGGCGGCCGCCCGCGAAUCGAUAAGGGAGACGUUAGUAAAUUCUGGGCCCAUGAUCAAGUGUACCUGAUCGAUGGCAGGGGCCUUGUUGGUCCAUACAAGAUUCUUGCUGUCGUUCGGACAAAAGUCUACACUCUCUGUACGCUGCAAGGACAGCCCGUCGGGAACGACGCAGAAUACGCUGAGAGCCAACUUCAGGCAGCAUGA